GCAACACCGGCGCGAAACGAAAGAGGAGCAGUGCAGGAGAAUGGCGUUACAGGGCAAAAGAAAACGAAUAAGUCAUAUUUUAACGAACUCCCAGAUUCCGAACAGUCAGUCCACGCUGCCCUGCACCCCUCAGAACGGAACGUUUUCUCAGGAAGAUGGCCGGAGAGGCCGUUUUGUGGAGGGCUCUAUUCUCCGCAUCACUAUGCAAAACUUCCUCACAUAUGAUCACUCAGAGGUUUUCCCUGGACCUAACUUGAACAUGAUAGUGGGAGCCAAUGGCACUGGCAAGUCGAGCAUAGUCUGUGCCAUUUGCCUUGGACUGGCAGGGAAGACUGCCAUACUGGGCCGAGGGGAUAAGGUCAGUCUGUAUGUUAAGAGAGGAUGCAGUAAAGGCUCAGUCGAAAUUGAACUUUACAGGGCAGAGGGAAACUUGGUGAUCAACAGGGAGAUCCAUGUGGAAAAUAAUCAGAGCGUAUGGAUGAUGAAUGGUAAACACUCAAGUCAGAAGGCUGUAGAAGAAGCAGUCAGAGAACUGCAGAUUCAGGUUGGAAAUCUUUGUCAGUUCCUGCCUCAGGAGAAGGUUGGUGAGUUUGCUAAAAUGAGUAAGAUCGAGCUCCUUGAGGCCACAGAGAAAUCUGUUGGCCCACCUGAAAUGUACAACUUUCACUGCGAGCUUAAGAGCUACCGCACCAAAGAGAGGGACCUGGAGAAUUUGUGCAAGGAGAAAGCCAACUUUCUGGAGAAAGCCAAGCAGAGGAAUGAGCGCAAUAAGGUGGAUGUGGAACGGUACCACAUGAAGAGGAGACACCUGGAUAGGAUUCAGAUGUUGGACAAGAAGAAGCCAUGGGUGGAAUAUGAAACAGCUCGUAAAGAACUGGAAGAAGUUAAGAAGCAGAGAGAGGAAAUGAAAAAAACUGCAAAGUCCUUGAAGGAAGCUCAGGCCCCUCUGCUAAGAAAGAUCCAGUCUAUAGACAGCAAACUACAGCCUAUUGAGAAUCAAAUGAAGGAGAAGACCAUUAAAAUCAGAGAGGCAUCACAAAAAUGCAAACAGAAGCAAGACCAUCUAGAUCGGAAAUAUAAGGAGAUUGAUGACAUCAAGCAAGCCCUUAGCCUGAAACAGACGGAGGAGGCAGACCGGCAGAAGCGAAUUGGGAACACGAAGCGAAUGAUCCAGGACCUGCAGAGAGAGCUGGACAAUAUGGGCAGCCAAGAGGAUGUUACACCCAAGAUUGAAGCAGUUAACGCUGAGCUCAGGAGAAUCCAGGAAGAGAAAGCAAGACUGGACGGAGAGCGACAGGACCUGCGCAGGGAUAAAGACGAGGCCAAUGGAGAGCUGAGACGUCUGCAGAAUCGCCAGAGGAGCCUAGAGGACAUGAUGAACAGGAAGGAGGAAAUGCUGCGUAGCCGAUUCCCUGACACCCAUACAGCCUUACUAUGGUUAAGGAAUCACCGUAAUCUUUUUGAGGGGAACGUCUAUGAGCCCAUGAUGCUGGUGAUCAAUGUACGAGAUCCACGGCACGCGAAAUACAUUGAGAGCCACAUUCCUGUAAACGACCUGAGAGCCUUCGUCUUUCAGAAGCAGCAGGAUAUGGAGAAGUUCAUGACAGAGGUUCGAGAUAACCGGAGACUGAGAGUUAACAGCGUCAUUGCACCUGCAGAGUCCUGUGCUAACCGGCCUCCAUCACGGCCCAUCGACUCCCUCAAGCGCUUUGGGUUUUUCUCUUACCUCCGAGAGCUGUUUGAUGCACCUGAAGAGGUCAUGAGUUACCUGUGCCAUCAGUACAAAGUCAAUGAUGUACCUGUGGGCACGGAGAAGACCAAGAGCAUGAUAGAGACGGUGAUAAAAGAAUCUCAGCUGAGGAUGAUCUACACAGCGGAGGAGAAAUACACAGUGAAGAAGUCUGCUUAUUCCUACAAGACCAUUUCUAGUAACUCCGCCCUGCGCCCCUCGCAGUUUCUCACCAUGGCCAUUGACACAGAGGAGAGACGACACUUACAAGAACAGCUGAGUGCGGCUCAGCAGCAGAUCCAGAACAUUGACGCCCGCAUGAAAGCUGCUGAGGAGCAGCAGGCCAAACUGGAACGCCGUGACAACGAGCUCCGCUUUGAGAAGAAGCAUCUCUCAGAGCUGAAGGGCAAGAAGAGACAGCUGGAGCAGAAAAUCAGCACUAAGCAGGACAGCCUGAGGCAGAUGGAGCAGGGUGGAAUAAACCUGCAGGAAGCUGAGGAGGAGGCUAAGACCAAAAUCUCACACGUAAACGACCAGAAGGUUGCUAUUGUGGAGGAGAUCCUGAACUCCAUGAAGUUUAGAGCCAGGCUGAGCAUGGAGAAAGUUUUCCUGGCUCUUGAGUCAGCUGGUCUAACAGCUGAGAAAACCAAACUGGAGUCCGACCUCAGGGAUGGGUCAGCCGAACUCAGGAGAGCAGAGCAAGUGUUUACUGAACUGGACCAGAGGAAGACGAGUCUUUUGGGGACGUGUAAGAACUUAAUGAGGAGAGCCAGUGACAUCUGCAACAUGAACCCAGGAGAAACUGUAGUACCAGAGAUACUGCGCACGGCUUUUAGUGAGCUGCCGGACACUCUGGAUGAAAUAGACGCCAUGUUGAACGAAGAGAGAGCCAGAGCAGAGUGCUUCACUGGCCUUAGUGAAGCAGUAGUGGAGGAAUACAACAAGCGAGAAAAGGAAAUAAAGAACAUGGAGAAGGAACUGGAAGAAAAAACAAAUGCUUUGAAUACAUACAGGCAGAACAUCUCUGAGGCAAAGGAGCGCUGGCUGAAUCCCUUGAAAUCACUGGUGGAGCAGAUUAAUGAGAAGUUCAGUGAUUUCUUUCGCUCCAUGCAUUGCGCUGGGGAAGUUGACCUGCAUUCAGAAAACGAGGAGGAGUAUGAUAAGUAUGGGAUCCGUAUCAGAGUGAAGUUCCGCAGCAGCACUCAGCUCCAUGAACUGACCCCACACCAUCAGAGCGGUGGAGAGCGCAGUGUUUCCACCAUGCUCUACCUCAUGUCCCUGCAGGAACUCAACCGCUGCCCCUUCAGGGUCGUCGAUGAGAUCAACCAGGGCAUGGACCCAGUGAAUGAGAGGAGAGUAUUUGACAUUGUGGUGAAGACUGCCUGCAGUGGAAACACAUCACAGUAUUUCUUCAUCACACCUAAGCUUCUACAGAAUUUGACAUAUGCGGAUGAGAUGACCGUCCUCUGCGUCCAUAACGGCCCCUAUAUGCUCCCACCAAAUAAGUGGAACGACAAGGCUUUUAUCAGGCGAGUCAAACGGAGGACCAACCAAUAAACCUGUUAUACUGGUUAACACUUUAACUAUGCACAAAAUAUCUGCUACCAUUUCUUUAUCAAAAUGCCAAUACCCCACCAAGUGCCUGUUCUUCGCGCCCCCCCCCUUCAUUUAUUUUGGUCUUGGAGACUGUUAGCCCUUUAUUUAUAAUUUACAUAGUACCCAAUUUUGUUUAUUUGUACAUUUGUUAAGAAUAUAGGACAUUGUCAAAAAGGUAUCACUGGGCAAAUAAAGUUAAUAUUUGCAAACAAAGACAAAAAGAUUAGAAUUGCUAUUUUGAGGUGGGAAUGAAUUUGUCAUCACAGUAUGAAUCCCACAAGGGAAAAUGAUUCUUUGGCCGUCUCAGGAAGGGUCAUGUUUUUUUUUUCCCCAAAUAGUAACCAGCCAGUUUAUUCUAGUGACUCAGAUAACCACAGACAUGUGACAGGGCAGUGACCACCUGCCUCCUUCUUAUCCAUGGCCUAUGCAAUCAACCAGACAGUGCCAGUAACUAAGACUGAUGUCUAUUUUAAUUCAACUUUGUAUUUAGAUUACAGAAAGGUUAAUUAGAAAAUUGCCUAAUUUGCAUUUUAUUUUGCUAGGAAGUACAAACCACGGUUUGCUACUAAUUCUGCUUAAAACACUCCCACUCAUUCUAUCAAAAACGUUUGGACAGUGAAAACACCACAAGAAAAUAUCUUCAUUAUAUCUCUGUACAUAAUUUUAUUUACAUGAUACAAUUUCGCAGUAAUGUUGGGUAACGAGAUUAUAUGCGCAAUACAUAUAAUAAAUAUAAAGAUGGUUUGUACAAACUUGCAUAACUAAAACUUGAAAAUAAGACGGUAAUUUUUACUGUGUAAACUGAAAAAAGACCCCUACAGAAUGGUAACGGCCAGACCAAGAAAACAAAAAGACUGAGGGAAAAGUCUAGAAGGAGGCAUCCUAUGAUUAGACUAUAUGGGUAUUCACACAGUCACACAACACAUCCAUCCCUUCCACACCACUGUGGGUCAAUUAGAAACACCAUACAACUUUCAUCACCUGUGUAUAAACUAGCAUGUGACACUCAUUCCACACAAAAAAAAAAUAUCAAAUCACAAACAAAAAGCAACAUUCAUUACAGAAGUGGAUUACGGGUUAAAAAAGGACGAUCAGCAUGUUGCCAACUUCAAAAACUCUAAUGUACUUAGUAGGUAUUUCACUAGCCAUGCAAUAUACCCUUCUGAAGUCCCCUCUUCUGACCAAAGCAGCCCACAACCCAAUUUCAGUCUGCAUUCUGGAAGGAGUGCCACCUUUACACCAGUAUUAUUGUUUUUCCUAAUGGUAUUUUAGGUACUCCAAGGUCGAUGUUGAAUCCUUCAAGCCUGAUCUGGCUUAUUAAAGACCAGGUUGCUGAAAAUAUUAUGAAUACUUACCAUUUCACAUUUGAUUCUUCAGAGUUCCCAAAAAAAAAAAAAAAUUUAAUCAGCUCUGAAACUGAUCUGGCUGUUUGAGAUGGAAGCGUUGAACAAGUCCAUGAAUUAUAAAUUCAGUGAAGUUUUUCUCCUCAUUUGACACUUGAGCAAGGGGGAAAAAGCCUCACUUCAAAGACAUCUGCUUGAAGCAAAUAAACCAAGCUAAUGUUGUAAAGGCUAACGCUAAAGGGUUGGGAGCCAUGCCAUGACUCACUUUAAAAGGUGAAACCUACGUGGAAAGGAAGAGAGCGUCCAUUUUUUUGUUUUGUUUUUUUUCUUCUUUUGCUACAUGAGCCAGCCAUGCACUGUUGCCCUGAUGGCGCUCGAGUCAGGGCAAUAACAGUCAUCUGAAGUCCCAUAGGCUACAAUGUGUCCAUUCUCCGCCACACGACACCAGAUGGACCGAGACACAAUCACAAAGUAAACUUUUUUGACAAUCACAAAGACAGUCAGCCUUUUCAACACAACGAUCAGGUCAAAUUCAGUCCCCCACCUAAAGACACCUAGAACCAGACACAAGGAGAUGAGAGAUCUCUGGGUCUGUAACCCAAUUUUAACUAUACUUUUUGUUCUUUUUUUCCUCUUAAAUCGAAGCUCAUACACCACAGACUGAAAAUAAGGAAAAGCUGAAAUAAACAAAAUAUCACUCAUGCAUUGGCUGAAAAACCAAGUUUCCUCCCAUCAACAACGCAAUU